AUGGCUACCCCGGUCUCCAAGCAAGAACGAAUUCGCCUCAAUCAACAGCGGUCACGCGCAAGGCGACAGGAGUACCUUCAGGAACUCGAGAAACGGGUGCAAGGUUGUCAUUUUACUUGCAGAGAAGCCGACCUUCAGCGAGAAUCGUACGAUCAGAUAAAAAAGGAAAAUCUGAUCCUACGUAGCUUACUUGGUUCUCUUGGACUCAGUGACGCGCAGAUUGAUACGCACAUCAACUCUUCGGAGCCUUCGAACGAACAGGCAUCAUUGCGGAAUCUUCGUCCAAAGAUACAAUCUGGCGUCGUCCCUGCCCAGCCAGGCUCUGUCGCUCGAUUUGAAAAUCUGACUGAUUUUCCUGUUCCUACGAAUCAGAAUAUGAUAUCUUGUACUGGUGUGCCCGGCACGGCCCACAGCUGUUGCGCUUCCACAUGCUCGCCAGCCCACCCUGAUAUCGGUGACCCGUCCUUGACAAUAUCCCCUACCCUGCACAUGCCGCCACCACAGUACUGCCAGACCUUUCUCACGCCCUACUUCGAGCCGACCAUGGGACCGCCCCGAGAAAACUCGAUACUCUGUUCACAGGCACAGGAUCUUACUGACCAGUACAGUAUCAGUGAGAAAGAUAUCCAACACAUUAGCCGCAGACUCGUCACUGGGUCUACCGGCGAGUUUGACCCUGGCGGAGGCUGUCGGGUGGAUGGAACGUGA